UUAGAGACCAACACAUCCAGCCACACUCCCACCCCGACUCUGUUACCUAUCGACUAAUUCUCGCCUCUUCCAGCAUCCCAUUAACGCCGCAAACUGGAGAGUAAAUUAAUAGUGUGUUUCCUGAGCCGCUUUUUGAACGGAACAGGUUGAAUUUCAACGAAAAGGGAAAUUUGCCUUGGACACCAAGAGCUGCACGGAUGAAGAUGCCAAUUAAUAACAUGUGCAGGGCCGUGAUGUCACAGAACUGAGGACAGUCUCAUUCAAUAUGGAGUUUGGAGAGCGGCUGGCCUCCCUGUCAUCAGCCCCGUCUGCCCUUCACAUGACCUCCCCUCCAGCCAGCUCCUCCCCUGCUCCACCCAUAACCCCCUCCACCAAAAGCAGCCUGGCUCCUGGCCCUUCCAGCGACUCCUGUCUCACCACCUGUGGUUUGUUACCAAGGCUAAAGGGGGAUGAACAUUUAAAUCUGCCUUUGAGCUCCAACGGUUCCCCUUUAAUCAGUCAUCCAGCUUUUGGUCUCUUCACAUCGAGCUCAGGACGCUCGGACUUCGGAGGUCUUGGAAGUCUUGGUUUGUCUGCCCUGGCUGCUCACUCUCAGUUUGGUACUGUCCCAGACUGGUGGCGGCCGGCUGAGGCACAUACCAGAGGAGCAGCAGCCUUCUUUCCACCUCUUCUGGGUCUUCAUCCUGUGUUCACCUCACAAUUUAAGGGCCACGAUCCGGUCCCCUUACAGUCACAUACCUCAGGGGUCAUUGGAGCAUUGAAUGGUAGGAGUGCUUCCUCUCCUACUGGGAACACUGCCGUGAACACCAGUUCAUUUCCAACAAUGCCAAACAAGGAGAAAACUAAAGACGACUGUGGUCAGAGGAGCAGCCAGGGACAAAGCCAACUGCAGCAGAAGACCGUUCAGAGAACAAAAGAGAAGAAUCCCAUUAAAAGACCUCUAGAGACCUCCAGCAUGAGCAGCAGCCAAUCAGGAUCCCUGUCAGACAGCUCCAGUGAUGGUGAGGAGAGCAGCAGUGAUCCUGAUGAUGCUGAAGAAGAGGAGAAUGAUGAAGAUGAUCAGAGCAUCGACAGUGAGGACUCUGAUUCAGAAAAAGAGAGCCGAGUAAAGCGAAAAGUCAAGCGGCUGACACAGAACACUUCGGGGAGUCAUAAGAAGGGAUCCUCUGCUGCUGAUAGAAGUACAGCUCAAGACAGACAUUGUGACAUUGUCCCGUUGACUUUAUACUCCUCUUCUCGUCAUGGUACCCAGCCACAGUCCUCUGCACCGCUCCUCAAAAGCUCCAGGAUGGCAGAGGAGGAGAGGCAGCAGCACAUUAGUGUCAUCCAGGCCACGGGAUUGGCAGCCGGAAACAUCGCACAAGGAAAGUCCCACAGAGAGGCCUCUUUGUCCAACUCACCCAAACAUUUAGCUCCUUCCAGCUCACCAAAACACAGCCGUGCUUCCUCCUCUCCUAAACCUCUAGCUCUCUGCUCACCUUCAAAAUCCCUGUCUCUCUGUUCCUCACCCAAACCUCUCCCACUGUUAGCCUCUCAAAAGCCUCAACAGACACCCAGAUUCUUAAUGCCCUCUCCAAACCACAACCAGCAUGUCGACAGCAUGAAGGAGAGCAACGUAAGACCUACACAAGAAGAGACCUACACGGGUCUCUUACACCUGAACAGCUUAAAACGGAAACAGCCCCUCCAUUCCAAGGACCCUGUGAAGCAAGUUUCCUCUCUUCUACCUAAGAGCCACGACCAGUUUAAAAGUUCAGCAUCCUCUUCAGCAUUACCAACACUGGAUAUACAUCGGCCAGAUCCACUGAGCAAUCCUUUACUGUCUGUCUCACACAGCAAAGAUAAAAAUCUGUUCCUGAAUCACCAUCUCAAUGGACUGGACCACAGUGCAGUUCAGGAUGCCCCCUUAGCCCUCAUCACUAAACCCCGCAGACAAAGCAGCAGCACCAUCUCCAGCAGCAAGCCGCUUCUGGCAGCCACAAGCCCUCCUUACCCAAUGCCCAUCAACCUGAGCAUUAGCACAAAGGACAUGCUGGGCAGCUCUUCAUCCUCUCUGAAAACAUCUGCCUCAUCAGGUCUUCCUCAAAGACAGAGGAAGACGAAGACCAGCAAGUCUCUGAAUGCAGGAAAGAGCCUCUCUAAAACCUGCUCAUCCCGUCCAAACAUGGACUCGCUAAGAGGCAGUGAGUCUGACAUCCACAGCAGCAAAGACUCUGACGACUCUUUAGGAGAUGACUGCGGAGAUGAUGAUGAUGAUGAUGAAGACGACGAUAUUGAGGAUGGAGAUUCUGGCAGUAGCUUAUCAGAGUCAGAGAGCAAUCUGGACAGUGACUCUGAGGGCUCUGAGGAUGAAAUGAAGCAGCACUGUGGACGAAAAGUAGACGACGGCACAGACAAGACUCCUCUGAAACUUACAAAAGCAUCUUCCUCUCUUCAGUCCUCCUCCAUGGAUCUCAAAGCAAACUGCUCCCUACUUAACCUGCAGAUCAUCAAGCCUCCAAGUUUACCAAGUAGCCUCCUCAGCCUGCACCCCACAGUAACCAGCCCAGGGGCCCUGAGUAAUCACAGCACCGUAUCACCCCACUUCACAUUUGCUGCAAUACCAGGAUCAGGGAAGAGGAGGAGAGUUACGGAUGAGAGAGUCCUGCGGUUGCCUCUUGAAUUUGGGUGGCAGAGAGAGACCAGAAUCCGAAGUGUUGCAGGUCGUCUACAAGGGGAGGUAGCUUACUUUGCACCAUGUGGGAAGAAGCUGCGCCAGUAUCCUGACAUAAUGAAGUACUUAUUGAGGAAUGGAAUAAGUGAAAUCUCACGAGAUAACUUCAGCUUCAGUACGAAAAUCAAAGUUGGUGACUUCUAUGAGGCCAGGGAAGGACCAGAGGGUUUACAGUGGUUCUUGCUGACAGAGGAGGAAAUCGCCCCCAUUAUCAUAGCCAUGGAUGGGAGGCGCAGCCGUUCAGCAAAGUCAGAGCACCAGGGGACAGGUGACGGCACUGCAGGCAGACAAUGGCAGUCUCAUUCUGUUAAUAACGGGGAAAAUAACUUCCAAGAUGUCAGUGAUGCGAAGCUGCUUCGCAAACUUGAGGCUCAAGAGAUAGCCCGACAAGCUGCUCAGAUCAAAAUGAUGAGGAAACUCGAGAAGCAGGCCAUGGCACAAGCAGCAAAGGAGGCAAGGAAGCAACAAGCUAUGUUGGCUGCCGAGGAGAGGCGGAAAAAGAGGGAGCAGAUAAAGAUUCUUAAACAGCAAGAGAAGAUCAAGCGCAUUCAGCAAAUUCGUAUGGAGAAAGAACUCCGUGCACAGCAAAUUCUCGAGACAAAAAGAAAGAAGAAAGAAGAAGCUGUCAACGCCAAAAUACUGGAGGCUGCAAAGCGAAACAAGGAGAGGGAAAUGCGUAGACUGCAUGCUGUCUUACUGAAGCACCAGGAGUUGGAGAGGCAUAGACUAGAUAUGGUAUGGGAGAGGGAAAGACGCAGGCAGCACAUGAUGCUCAUGAAGGCAGUGGAGGCCCGUAAGAAGGCAGAGGAGAAGGAGCGUGUAAAGAGAGAGAAGAAGGAUGAGAAACGGUUAAACAAGGAGAGGAAACUGGAGCUCAGAAGACUGGAACUGGAAAAAGCAAAGGAGCUGAAGAAGCCAAAUGAAGACAUGUGUUUAGCAGAUCAUAAGCCUCUUCCAGAGUUGUCACGGAUUCCUGGUCUGGUGCUACCUGGAAGCGCUCUGUCCAACUGCCUGAUGGUGCUGCAGUUUCUGCACAGCUUUGGAAAGGUCCUGAGGUUAGACAUCGACCUGGACACGCUCAACCUAAGUGACCUUCAGGAGGGCUUGCUAAACAUCGGGGACAGCAUGGGAAAGGUGCAGGACCUGCUGGUGAGCAUGCUCUCUGCAGCUGUGUGCGAUCCUGGUAUUCCUGCAGGUCACAAGAAUAAGACGGCUUUGGGGGACCAUUUGACUCAUGUAGGGAUCGGCCGAGACAACAUGUCUGAGAUCCUGCAGAUCUACCUGGAGGCCCACUCUGGGCAAACGGAGUUGGCUGCUCUGGCGCUCAGCCUCAGGACCAAAGCUUUUCAGGCCCAUGGUCCGUCACAGAAAGCCUCGUUGCUCGCAUUCCUUGUGAAUGAGCUGUGCUGCAGUAAGGCUGUGAUCAGUGAGAUCGACAAAAACAUAGAUCACAUGAUCAACCUGAGGAAGGAUAAGUGGGCCGUCGAGGGCAAGCUCCGCAAGCUGAGGAGGAUCCAUGCCAAGAAGACAGGGAAGAGAGACAUUGGUGCAGGGGGAGAGGAGAGCCAGACCUUCAAUAUCACUGCUAGAAAUAAAUCCAAGAAGAAAGAAGGAGACAGUGAGGAAGAAGAGGACGAGGAUGAUGACAGUGAAGACCAAGGAGAUGAUGACGAAGAAGAGGAAGAAGAAUCAGGGGGGAGAAAGGGAAAGAAAGCUGAGACAUGUGAAGAAGAGGAUGACAACGUUCACUCAGCCAACAUGGAGGAGCUGGAGAAACAGAUAGAGAAAACAUACAAGCAACAGUGCCAAAUCAGACAGAAGCUCUUCGACUCCUCUCUCUCUCUGCGCUCCAUGACCAUUGGACAGGACCGCUACAAGAGACGUUACUGGGUCCUGCCACAGUGUGGCGGCAUCUUUGUGGAAGGCAUGGAGAGCUGUGAAGGUUAUGAAGAGGUAGAAAAAGAGAAGAAAAGGCAGAGGUCUACUCAGUCGAUCAUGAUAAAAGAAGAGCAGUUGGAAGAGACAAAGAAGUCAGACAUCACCGGCCCAGCACCAAGCACAGACAGUCACACAUCCACACCUGAGAGCCAGCAAGACAAAGAAAGUCUAAAUCUCUUCCUUCAAAAGCCUGGAUCCUUCUCUAAGCUCAGCAAACUCCUUGAAGUUGCCAAAAUGUCUCCUGAUUCAGAUGCUGAUUCUCACAGCAAUCAUAACAUUCACUCUGUUCAAGUCCCUCCAUCUCAUCUCUUAUAUCCCUCCUCUCAGACAUCCGCUGCUCACUCGGGACUGAUAGCUAAAACAGACACUUCAGUGUCUGCACAGUGUAGUGGCCCUCAGCUCAAAGGCAGACAUCAGCCUGUCCUUCAUGACGAUCAGCUCUCCAAGAUACUGACCGAGAAGAACAACCAGUGGUUUAGCCUGUUGCCGCGCUCUCCAUGUGAUGAGUCCUCUUUUACCUCUGGCUCAAGCCCUCUGGCUUCAACCUCUCCCGCACAGACCAACGGCAACAAAUCCCCUUCCUCCCUCUCUCCUGAUCCCCCGGCUACAGACGGCUCCAGUGCUCCUGCUGGGAUCAAUAACCUGCAGUCUUCUGUCCUUCUGUUUAAAACAAGCAUUCAUGAGAGCAGACCCACACUGUGUGACAUGUCAAGUUCUGGUUCUGCUCUACCCCCUGUGCUGGAUGUGGCCUCCCAGUAUGCCGAGGGUAAUGCGAACAGUGUCCUCUUCCUGCCAAACAACAACAAGAGCAAAACCCCAGAACCUCCGAGUGACAAACCAGCUUGCGCUUCAUUCCCUGCUGUGGAGGUGUCUAAGACUUGGGACUACCCCAGUCCGCAACCGAUCCCUGAGGCGAUGCUGUGUGGCUGGUGGAGGGUGUCGGACAUGGAGGAACUGCACACCCUAGUAAAGGCCCUUCACAGCCGGGGCAUCAGAGAGAAGGUCUUACAGAAACAGAUCCAAAAACAUAUGGAGUACAUGACCCAGCUCUGCACCAACAGCAAGGAUGUGAUCAAUGUGGCACAGCUGGAGAGGCAGGAGGUGAGUGAGGCAACGAUAGAGAAUUGGUGUGUUGAGGAACAGGCCAUGGAGGUGGAUAUCAGCUUGUUGCAGCAAGUCGAGCAGCUGGAAAGGAAAGUUGUUUCUGCAAACCUGCAGAUGAAGGGCUGGAUGCAUCCUGAGUCUCAGUCAGAGAGGGAGGAUCUGGUAUAUCAUGAGCACAAGCUCCUGUCAUCUUCACCUGCUCCGGAGAGAAAUAAGCAGAGAGAAACCAGUCAGGAGGAACUUCCUGGCAGUGUGGUGCGGCGGCCAAACAAUCCCCUUGAUAUAGCCGUCAUCAGGCUGGCAGAGCUGGAGAGGAACAUCGAGCGAAGCAACGAAGAAGCAGCCGCUCCGGGGAUGAGAUUAUGGCAUAAAGCUCUCAGUGAAGUUCGCAGCUCAGCUCAACUUUCCCUCUGCAUUCAGCAGCUGCAGAAAACAAUCACAUGGGAACGAUCAAUCUUGAAGGUGCACUGCCAGCUCUGUCAAAAAGGCGAUAAUGAAGAACUGCUCUUACUGUGUGACAGCUGUGACGAAGGCUGCCACACAUACUGCCUUAAACCCAGGAUCACUACAGUACCUGAUGGCAACUGGUUCUGUCCCAUGUGUGUAGAAAAGUCCUCUGGGUGUGCUGUCACUCAGGAAGCUGGUCAGUCCCCCCGGAGCAAGAGGCAUCAGAGCCGAACAGCUGGAGAAGGGAAGAAAAGCAGCGAGGUAAAACGAAAUAGCAAGCCAUCUGUGGCAGGAGAACUCAUCAGAGAGGAGACUGCCAGCAGCAACGGCGCGCCAAAGAAAGGUACCAAGGAGUUCAAGAGGAGGAAAGGAGACGACAGCCCGCACAGCUCCCAGGCCGAGCAUGACGGACCCAUCACCUGUGCAAAAAAAGCCAAAACAGCCAGAGACAACAACACAAACGGGCUGGGGAUGUGCAGAGUGCUGCUGGCUGAGCUAGAGGCCCAUCGGGACGCUUGGCCCUUCCUCACACCAGUCAACCACAAAUCGGUCCCUGGAUACAGGAAGGUCAUAAAGAAGCCCAUGGAUUUCUCCACAAUCAGAGAAAAGCUCACCAACAACCAGUACUUGAAUCUGGAAAGUUUCAUUGUCGAUGUGAACCUCGUUUUUGAGAACUGUGAAAAGUUUAAUGAGGACGAUUCACAAAUUGGGAGAGCCGGCCACAGGAUGAGGAGAUUUUUUGACAAACGAUGGACUGAACUGCUGCAGUGAGAAAAGAAAGACCCCUCUCUUUUAACUGUGGCAGUAAAUGAAGACUUGGAUCAAAAACACUGCUGUACCAUGAGAACGGACAAAUUCUCCUGCUGAGAUCAAACUUCAUGGCUUAAAACCUCAAAGUGCAAUACUGUUUUGUUUUUUUUCAAUUACACUGACUUUGGACUUGAUCUGUUUGGGAAUUAAAUAUUUAGCCUGUAAACACUGUGUUGGUGUUGGCAUUUUUACCAUCAAUAUUUAAGUGUAUAUGUGUAUUUAUUUUCUAAAGUAUUUAUGAUGUGUUUUUCAUUUAGAAAUAAGCAGAAAAUGGCACACACCUUUAAAAAAUAUACAUUGUUUUUCAGAUUAUUGAACCAAUCAGAAAUAACUGUUUUCAUCUUUUUGACAAGCUCACAGCAGUUUUACUGUUCAACUCAAUUUAAGUGGUCACCUUUCUAAGUCUUAUUUUUUUAAAACUGUACUUCCAGACUUGUCAAAAUACCAUUCAUGUAUUCGGGAUGAUUGUACGUGUCUUCUACUGUCCUUUGUGUCCUCUCUAACACUGUUGUCUCCUCAGUAUUACAGUGCCUGACCUCUGACAACAGUGUGCAUGGGCGCGUUUUUGCCCACUUUCUGUGUGCGUAGUGUAUGUGUGUCCUGCGCGAAACACUUUUACAAAAUGUAAUACUCUUUCCAGACCUUGAAAAGAAUCUGUGUGGUGCAUUUACUGUGUUUCACCUCCAAGCAUUUCCUUCAGCCACAGUCCUGUCAGACAUCCUCCGGACCAAAGAGCAACCUGCACCGGGCUUUAAUCCAGCAAAGAGUCAGGAAGUGCCAUGGUCCAGCAGAGGCGUCUCAUGGCAGCUGAAGCCAAAAGACUUGAAGUAACUGUAUUUUAUUAUCAAUUUUGUCAACUAUGAGUAGCAACUUAUGAGUAUUAUUUUUUGAUAGUGGCA